GGUUCCUGCGGUUGGGUCCUACCCGCUGUGGCCGCCUUGCUGGCUCCUUUCCGAGUCCCAGGCCGGCACCCUGCGUCCCGCACUGUCCGCCGAAGUGUCGGCUUGGGCCGUGGGGGCUGAAGAUCCUAGAGGCAGAGGCCUGGCCUGGCUAAUUUGGUUCAGGGAGUUAGGAAUGUAUUCCCUAAAUCUAGGAUGUGCUGAAGCUGCCAAGGAUCCUCUAUGCCUCCAUGGUCUUGAAACAUCACUUUCCCUUUUCUCUCGGCCUUUCAUCCGACUCUAUCCCAAAUCAAGAGGCCUGGUGGAUUUAGUAGGGAGGGUGAUUGGCCAUUUUGAGGUUCCCAGGGAGAGGCCAGUGGGUGUAGAGGACCACCAGCGGCCUCUCUCCACACCCUCGCAGCCUGUGAGCUGGAGCUGGUGUGCUGGACUGAGGGGUCAGGCUUGGCCAGCACCUCCCGGUCGGCUAGGGGUUCUUUGUAGGCUCAGGGGCUGGGGCUGGGGUGGAAAACUCUGCAGGAGGGGCCUGCUGGAAGGAAGGAAAGCAGCGAGGAAGUGGUCCCCUAGCCCCAGCUCUGCAGGCCCCACAGUAUCACUUUAAUCUCCCUGUCCCAGGCCUUCUGGCUGCAGAGCAGGCUCAGGAGUCCUGGCUGAAGGUAGGGGCUCAGGGCCUGCAGGGUGUAAGUUCUGAAUGUGCCCCUCCCCCACCAUGACAGGGGGACUGUGGUGCCACUACCCUCCCCACCUGUAUAGGCCUCAGGGUUGCCAUGGCCGAGGUAGGCGUGGGGGGGCAGCAGUGGUGCUCAGUGGGCUGCCCCCUGACAUCCCGGAGGGGCUGCUCACGACCUACUUCGAGGACGGCCGUCGCUCUGGGGGAGGACCUGUGUUGAGCUGGCAGCUUGGCAGAGGGGGCACACUCACUUUUCAGAAGUCUGCAGGUGCAGGGAGGGUCUCGGCCUAGGAGGGGCAUCUACGGCGCUGGCUGAGCCUUAGGCCAGCCCCACCAUGUGCCCCUGCAAGCCUGCUGCUCCCAGGACUGCCCCCCAAUACCGCCACCCCCCAGCACCUAGAGCAGCACAGCCAGACCCUGCUGCGUGCCACGGGGCACCCAGCGCAGCCCUGCUGUGGCCCUGACAGUCCCCGACCAGACUGGGUCCUGGCCCAGCUGCCCCAGCCCCUUUCUGAGGCAGAAGUCUGAGUCCUGGAGGAACAGGCCUGGGCCCUGGGCCUGGAAGGGACUGAGGUGUCCCAGGCCCGAGUCGUGCGUGUGGUGGGGGGUAUUCCCCCUGAGGGCCUGCUGCUGCAGGAGCUGUACCUGGAGACUGAGCUCCGCAGUGGCAGGGGACCCCUGGGGGGCCUUCGCAGCCUGCCUGGGCACCUGGGCACGGUUACAUCCUUCCAGCAGCGGCAGGGCGAGGGGAGUGAUAGACUUGGUAGCCUACCCCUCCCUACCCCUCAGAGCCCUGGCGGGCCUUCUGCCCUUUCCUUCCCUCCAAGUGGCCGAGUGAGUCCUACCGAGGACUCCCAGGGGCAGUGCUCAGAGCUGAGCCUGGUCCCCCACUAUGACGUCCUGGAGCCUGGGCAGCUUGCCAAGAACAAUGGAGGGCACUACCUGGUCACGUUGGGGCCAGGGACCACCGAGCAUGUUCUCCUGGAGGCUGGAGGGCCAGCGAGGGCAUUGAAGGGUGCAGGGCUGGUGACACUCGGAGGCUCUGGAGAGGAACCAGGGCAGACAGUAGCCUCUCUGGGGACGGGUCCCCUUGGGUCUCUUGGACAGGCUGAGCCAGUCAGCUUGGGCCCAUGGAGUCACUGGGACAGGGGGCUGGUGAGCCGGAGCCCAUGGGGUCUCCAGGCCCAGUGGGCCCAGGGAGAUGGCCACAGGGUCUCUGGAACAGGUCUCCCACACACCCUGCAGCCCCCAGACCAUACAGGCAGUGACCAGGAGAAGGUGAGGCUCCCUGGGGACCCCAGCAUAUCCUGGGGCCCUUCCCUGACCUCGCCUUCUACCCUGCCCUAUACUUUCACCUGUUUUGUGGCCCUGUGCCCUUCACCUUCUCUCCGUCUUUUAGCGGGAGUUGGCCUCCAGGGCUGGGAGGGGGCCCAGGUGGCCGCAAGAGGAGCUGCAUGCUGCGGUGAGCCCUGCAGGAGGCAGAAGACGAGCUCGUGGGCAGGGGAGCUGGUGGCCUGGCUGGUGGUGCCCGUGGCCUUCGGGCAGGCUGUGGCUGAGCCGGACCGGGCACUAGGGACUGCCUUGGAGGUGCACGUCCAGGAGGAGAUGGUGGGGUCCUGGGGUCGCAUGUGGCCUGCAGAGCUGGGAGCCCGUCUGCAGCCAUGCCAUGGUGUGAGUACUGCCCCUUGGGGUGACAGCACCGUUCUCCAGGACUCUGGGACCCAGCCACCUGGCAGUGCCGCUGGCUGGCCCCCCGCAUCAGAGUUUGGCCUUUCUCUUGGCAGCUUCAGGCCCCACCUAACUCCACCAAGAGAAGGCUCUUGGUUUCCAGGCUCAGGUCUGCAGUGGGGUGCCGAGGGGGUAGGAGGGUCUCCUGAUAGCCUGGCCCUGAAUGGCCUUCUGGGCGUGGAGCAUGUGAGUGUCUGCUGCAGCAGCAGGUCCGAACCCCACGGGGAGCACCUGGAACAGCCCCCUGAGAGGCGCCUAGUGGAGCAGGUUCUGUACCAUGGCCCAUCAGCCUGGGCAGUCCCCGACAUCUGUGCGCAGGGCUUUGACCACAGCUAAGGAGGCCUUAACAGUGAGGCCACGCGGUGGUCUAGGGCUCUGCCGACCCCGGACGACCUUGGCCCUCGUCUGUCCCCCUGCAGGCACACUCUAUGGGCAGGAGCCGCCUCCCUGUCCCUGCAGGACCACUACUUGCCCCCCAACGCUGAUGGCCACAAGGUGGUGUUCGGAGCAUGGGUGCUGACCGGUGACUAGGGGCAGGGUCCUGGAGGCCUUUGGGAGCCCCCACCCCGCCCCAAACUGCGGGCCCCUGGCCACGUGUUCCGCGCCAACAGCGCAGUGGACUGCCUCCGCCAGGCCAGCAUCUUUGCCAUCUUUCAUGAAACUGAGGCGCUGCCCACCCACCUCAUUACUUGCAAGCACGUGCCCCGGGCUUCCCCAGGGGACUCCUCUGGGCACUUGGGCCACUUCCCAGCCUCCUAACCUCCCCUCCCCCCACCUCGGCCCAGUCCCUGGCUGCCGGCUCCCUGGGCUCCCGCUGCGCACAGCCUUACCGCCCCCGCGGCUGCCUGAGUUGCCCCUGGGGGCGCCCCUUACCUCUGGCUGCGGUGCGUGGACAGGCGGGUGCGGACCUGGAGGACCAGGGCUGUGUCGGUGCUCGGGGCCGGUACCCGCCGGAGCCGGCCCAGCCACCAGGGGUCAGCAGAGCCCGGGAGGAGGGUGGGCCCGCUCGACUCCGCCCGCCUCGGCCGGACCCAGACCGAGCGCGAGUCUGUUGUUUGAAUAAACGUCUACGUGAAACUA